GACAAUGCGAUUGGCAUGAUGGAGUUCCACGACGAUCGGAUGGUCUCACUCUUCGCAUCUCGCACCAUGGCUGCUGAUGCAGAAGACUCUACAGAGAUCAUCGGGACCAAGGGAAAGCUGGUGGUCAACAUGAUGCCGAGGGUAAACCACGUUCACGUUUACCAGACUGGCGUGGUCUUGCAGGAGAUGCCCCAGAAUUAUUGGGAGAGGUUUCAGGAUGCGUUUGUCACGCAAGCCAACAGAUUUGCUGAGACCGUGCUGGAUGACAAGCCAUCGAGGAUUGAGCUUGAAUCUGCGGUCGAGGUGGCCAAGAUUGGUGUUGCUUUGCAAGAGCGUGGAAAAGAUCUGGUUUGA